CCAGACAUCUGUCUAGCAAUUGUUAUUAUUAAUCCAGGUCUAAGUGCAGCUAAACUUUUGAAGGAAUCUGACAUCAAUGUGAUUGUUUUGGAGGCACGUGAUCGAGUAGGAGGUCGCACUCUGACAAAAUAUGAUCCCAAAGUUGGUUACGUAGAUUUAGGUGGUGCUUAUGUUGGUCCAACACAGAACCGAGUUUUUCGAAUGGCAAAAGAGCUUGGUAUUGAAAACUAUAAAGUAAAUGAAGUUGAAGAUGUAGUUCUUUACAAAAAUGUAAGUUUACAUUGUUUGUUUCCUAAUAAAUUAUCAAAUUUUGACCGUAUAAGUUUUAAUU